AUGAGUUCAUUUAAUACUUGUAGAAUUCUUCCAAGCGUAGCAACUAAAUUAAUUGAUAUCUGCAAUCGUUUGAAAGGAGAAAGUGUUGUUGGGUUAUUGAGUGGACAUCGUUCAUUUGGAGAAAUUUUUGAUGUUAUGGAUAUUAUUCCAAUUUCUACAAACCCUAAUUGUCAAAUCGACCCAGAAGAAAUUAUGAAAACCAUCUCUUCUCAUAUUAAAGUAUUUGAUGAAGAAAUGAUUAUCGGCUAUUUCCAAGUAAGUUCAAAUCUUCCCACUCCACAAAUUACUAACUUACAUAAGUUCUUCAAUGAAGCACAAAAAGUUCCAUUGUUCAUUGCUGCAGGAUGUGAUUCUACUUUUAAAAUUGUAGCAUAUACUAGUACACUCCCAAGCGAAGAUAAACCUGUUGAAUUUUCAACUACUGGUAUUACAUAUCCUAUUGAUGCUCUUGACCGUAUUGUUCUUGCUACUCCAGUUGAAAUUAUUAAGAAUUGA